AGCGGCGGAGGCAGACGGGGGAGCGCGACUGGGGUUAGCCCGCCGACCUUCCCGCCUCAGGGUGUCUCAGUCCUCGGAUCCUCGGCGUCUGGGUCUAAGCGCGCGGCAGCGACCGGCUGGGGCCUUGACCGGAGCCAGGCACGGUGGUGCGGCCUCGGCCCGGGAGCCGGGCGGGGCCUCCUGGCGUGGUGAGGGCGCCCCAGCUGCUCCCCCGUCCCCCCCAGCGCCGGGCCUCGCGCCCCGGAAGGCCCUGCUCCCCGCGGGCCGGGCUCCUGCCGCGGGCCGCUGCGUGCACGGAGGCCGCCGUGCUCUCGGAGUCGGGCGAACGCUUGGUCCCCGCCUGGGCGCGGGGCAGGCGGUGGCGGGCUUUGUGGUGGGGGAUUCUUGGUACACGUGCGCGUGCUUUGCAUUGGAAGGGGAUGCGUGUGUUCACACGGGCGAGGUGAUCCGUGACAGCUGAGGUCUGAGUGGUCGCCCACACCCCCAGGCAGGUAGGGGUAGACUUGAGAGCGCUUUUCAGAACAGCAGUGCGGCUGAUUGAGUCCCCGUCCUUCCGGCUCGAGGACCUCGAACUGCAGAGGGAGCUGAGUGCCACAAGGGUGAGGAGGCAGAGGAUAUUUGACUUCAGAUAAAGAACAUGGUGAAACUAAUUCACACAUUAGCCGACCAUGAUGACGAUGUCAACUGCUGCACCUUCUCCUCUUCCCUCUUGGCUACUUGCUCCUUGGACAAAACAAUUCGCCUGUACUCCUUGAGUGACUUUACUGAACUGCCACACUCUCCGUUGAAGUUUCACACCUAUGCUGUCCACUGCUGCUGUUUCUCCCCUUCAGGACAUAUUUUGGCUUCAUGUUCAACAGAUGGGACCACUGUCCUUUGGGACACUCAAAACGGACAGACUUUGGCAGUGAUGGAACAGCCCAGUGGUAGCCCCGUCAGGGUUUGCCGGUUUUCCCCAGACUCCACUUGUUUGGUAUCAGGGGCAGCUGAUGGAACUGUUGUUUUGUGGAAUGCACAGUCAUACAAGUUGUAUAGAUGUGCUAGUGUUAAGGAUGGCUCCUUGGUGGCCUGUGCAUUUUCUCCUAGCGGAAACCUCUUUGUCACUGGCUCCUCAUGUGGAGAUUUAACACUGUGGGAUGAUAAAAUGAGGUGUCUGCAUAGUGAAAAAGCACAUGAUCUUGGAAUCACCUGCUGCGAUUUUUCUUCACAACCAGUUUCUGGUGGAGAACAAGGUCUUCAGUACUUUCGAUUGGCAUCAUGUGGUCAGGACUGCCAGAUCAAAAUUUGGGUUACUUCCUUUAACCAUAUCUUAGGUUUUGAAUUAAAAUAUAAAAGUACACUGAGUGGGCACUGUGCUCCUGUUCUGGCUUGUGCUUUUUCUCACGAUGGGCAGAUGCUCGUUUCAGGUCAAAUUAGAAGCUAUAGGAGAUCAGUGGAUAAGUCUGUCAUAGUGUAUGAUACUAAUACCGAGAGCAUACUUCACACCUUGACUCAGCAUAGCAGGUAUGUCACAACUUGUGCCUUUGCACCCAAUAUCCUGUUACUUGCUACUGGUUCAAUGGACAAAACAGUGAACAUCUGGCUAUUUGACCCAGAAACACUUUGCCAAGCAAGGAUCCCAGAAGAUCAACCAAAGCAAUUUACUGAAGAUUGGUCAGAGGACGAUGUCUCAGACUGGCUUUGUUCACAAGGUUUAAAAGACCUUGUUGAUGUUUUCAAAAUGAAUAACAUUGAUGGAAGAGAACUGUUGAAUCUUACAAAAGAAAGUCUGUCUGAUGAUUUGAAAAUUGAGUCUCUAGGGCUGCGUAGUAAAGUUCUGAGGAAGAUCGAAGAGCUCAGGACAAAGAUGAAAACCCUUUCUUCUGGAAUUCCUGAUGAAUUUAUAUGUCCAAUAACUAGGGAACUUAUGAAAGAUCCUGUCAUCGCAUCAGAUGGCUAUUCGUAUGAAAAGGAAGCAAUGGAAAAUUGGAUCAGCAAAAAGAAACGUACAAGUCCCAUGACAAAUCUUGUUCUUUCUUCAGUGGUACUUACACCAAAUAGGACUCUGAAAAUGGCCAUCGAUCGAUGGCUAGAGACACAUCAAAAAUAAAACUUUAUUUUAUAUUGCAUUAUUUAUAUUCUCUGUGAUCUCAUUUGAAUGAUUUAAAGGUAGAUACUAAUCAGACAUUAUUAAAAGCAAAACAGGAGGAGAAAGGUA